AUGGUUGAUCAAUCGACAUUAUGGUUAUCAAAAGCGAAAUUUUGGAUUCUACUUAUCUUAUCCAUUCCAUCUUCUAUUCUAGCAAUUUUAAUUAUGAUUCAUUUUUUUCAUAAACGACAUAAUAUUUCAAUGAAUCAGCAUUUUAUUGUAAUAUUAAUUGUAACUAGUUUUCUGCAUACGAUUGGAGAUCUCUCGUUUAUUAUGGAUUAUUAUCAACACGGUAGAGUUAGUUUUGCAUCAAAUCUUUUUUGUACAUUUUGGAAUUGGUGGGAAUAUUCAUCGAAUAUUGUUCUAUUAUAUCCUAUGGCUUGGACUUCAAUUGAACGACAUUUUAUUAUUUUUCAUCAUAAACUUAUGUCAACAAGACGAAAACGAUUUUUCUUUCAUUUAUUACCGUUAUUCAUAACUUCUGUGUAUCCUUUAAUAUUCUAUCUUGGCGCUAUAGUAUUAAAUCCAUGUAAAAAACAAUGGGACUACGAUGAGGUGUUUUGUCUAUUACCAUGCUAUGUAACUGAUCAACCUUCUGUAGCAACUUUUAAUUUUAUCGGUAAUAUUAUAUUUCCAACAUUUGUUAUAACUACAGCAAAUGUAUAUUUAAUACUUCGAGUACUACGACAAAAACGAAGUCACCAUGUAAAAUGGCGUCGACAACGUAAAUUAACUAAACAAUUAGUAUCUAUUGCAAUUCUAUAUAUCAUAUUUUGGUUUCCAAUGGCAAUUAAUGGUCUUAUUAUGACUUUCAUGUCUUCAUCAGUUUUAUUAUAUAUACAAGUAAAUUAUUUCUUCUUUCUUCUUAAUAUGAUACCAAUUAUAUUACCGUUUAUUUCAAUGAACUAUUUAACUGGCUUUAUGAAUGCAAUAAACCAUAGACAAAAUAGAACUAUUGUACCAGCACUGUAA